UAGUUAUGAGGCGAGUUAUUCAUGUACAAUAUUAGUAAAGUGUUUGGUUUGCAAUUUAGAAACCCGCAUAACUAACGCAUAACUAAAAUACAUGUAUAAGUUAUGAGGAAAUCUGUGUAUUAUUUUAUGCAGGGCAGAAGGUCGAAUAGCUAAUACGUGAAUAACUAAACCUUGCAUAACUAAUACCUGCACAAAAUAAUACAAGGAUUCCUCAUAGCUAAUCCAUGCAUUACUAAUAACUGCAUAACUCUAACCAGCUACCAAACGACCCCUUAGGGGGUUAGUUUAGGCUUCUUAAUUGGCUUUCUUUGGUAACUUGUUAUUCUUACUCUUUCCAGUCUUUCAUGAUUGGUCAACUUCCCUUUUUUUCUUUAUACUUGCUUUACACUCGUGUUUCAAGUGUCUCUUCUCUGGGAUUGAAGCUACAGUUUGCUAUUCUCAGAACAUCAUGGAUGAUGAAUAUGAAAAAUUUAUCAGAAGAAUGAAUCCACCAAGAGUGGUAAUUGACAAUGAAUCUUGCAAAAAUGCUACUAUUAUACAGGUGGAUAGUGCUAAUAAACAUGGAAUACUUCUAGAGGUGGUACAAGUUCUAACUGAUCUUAAUCUUGUUAUCACCAAGGCUUAUAUUUCCUCUGAUGGUGGAUGGUUCAUGGAUGUUUUCAAUGUGACUAAUCAAGAAGGGAACAAGAUUACAGAUGAAGCAAUGUUGGAUUAUAUCAUGAAGUCUCUUGGUCCAGAUUCUUGUUUUGCGUCAUCGAUGAGAAGAUCAGUUGGGGUUACAACAGGAAUGGACCACACUUCAAUCGAAUUAAUUGGAAGUGAUAGACCAGGCUUAUUGUCUGAGGUCAGUGCUGUCCUCACCAAUCUCAAAUGCAAUGUGUUAAAUGCCGAGGUGUGGACCCAUAACACCCGAGCAGCAGCUAUAAUGCAAGUUACCGAUGAGGAAAACGGAGGUGCAAUUACUGACCUGGAAAAGUUGUCUAUGAUGAAGAAACUCUUGUGCAAUGUACUUCGAGGUAGUAAUAAAUUAAGGGAUGCAAAGACGAUAGUAUCCGAUGGGGUCUCUCAUACCGAGAGAAGGCUUCACCAGCUGAUGUUUGCGGACCGAGAUUAUGAACGUAUGGCUGAUGAAGGAUUGGAUGAUAAAGAGAGGCCUAAUGUGAAUGUUGUUAAUUGGCAAGAUAAGGACUACUCCGUUGUGACAAUCCGGUGCAAGGAUAGACCAAAGCUUCUCUUUGAUACAAUUUGUACAUUGACAGAUAUGCAGUAUGUGGUUUUCCAUGGCAAUGUUGAUGCUGGAGGACCAGUAGCCCACCAGGAGUAUUGCAUAAGACAUAUAGAUGGAUCCCCGGUGAAAUCAGACGCAGAACGGCAAAGAGUGAUUCAAUGCAUCGAAGCAGCAAUAGAAAGACGAGUAUCUGAGGGAUUGAAGCUAGAACUAUGUACCACGGACAGAGUAGGACUACUUUCCGAUGUUACUAGGAUCUUCCGCGAGAACAGCCUCACUGUCACCAGAGCAGAAGUGACAACUAGAGCAGGCAAAGCUCUAAAUGUAUUUUACGUUCGCGAUUCAUCAGGAUAUCCUGUUGAUGCCAAGAUAAUAGAAUCUGUUCGUCAAACAAUUGGGCAGACAAUACUUAGAGUGAAAGGCAACAUUGAAGGGUUAAAUCCCGUUCCGCAAGAAUCUCCAACUAGGUUCCUUUUUGGCGGUCUAUUCAAGUCCAGAUCUUUUUGUAAUUUCGGGUUGGUGAGGUCGUAUUCUUGAAAAAAAAAAAACAGAAUGUAGUCCUCGUUCGGUGUACAUGCAAUCCCUUCUGCAUCAACCUACAUUGGUUCAUCCUAGGUUUUAGAUCUAGUUUACCAAAAGUUGAUUAAUAUAUGAAGCAAUAUCUUUGAGGUUUAAAGGCAAAGAUGAUGUCAAUUGUGCUA